AGCAGAUUCAGUCAACCUUGUGAAUCUCCAGCAGAACUGAGAACUGGACUCACUCUUCCCUCGCUUGCUUGUUGUACAACUUGUACUCGUUCUUCUCUCUGCCUGUCGUCUUUUUUUAUAAAUUCACUCAUUUUUCCGAAUUUCGAAGUUUUAAAGUUGAAGUAAUUAUUCACUUUUUGGAUCCACUGCACUGAGGUGGAAGAGAAGCAAUUUUGAACGUUUUGACUAGAUUUUUACUUUUUGAGCAAUAGAGUAUGUCAUUUUCUACUGGCUGGUAAAGGCCGGUUGAAGAGUUGAACAAGGGGGAAUGAAAAUUGGCAAGUAGGUUGAAAUUAUUUAGCAGAGUUUUAAGUUUUGAUUUUUAAAGUGUGAUCAGAAGAAUGUUGCCAUUUGGAUCUAAGACCUACGCCGAAAUUGCAAUGCAAAGUGGGAUGGAGAGUAUUAAUCUCGAGCCUCAAGGCCAAAGUGGCCAAAGUAGUGGCCAAGUAGUACGCCAAACAGGUCGUACAUCGUUUGGAGGAGUUGGUAGUAGCCGAGAUAGAAGACAAAAUAGGAACUCUCUGGCUGCCCAGAGUAUUGGCCGAUUCCUUCCUGACAGUCAACCUGAGAAUGUUGGAUCCACAGCUAGAAAUGCAAAUAUCGGGUCGAAAAGACCCUACACAGAAAGGCCAAUGCGAAACUUGGAACUUAACGCUCCUGGAUCCAUGGUUGAACCCUAUCGACCGGGUACUGUCAGCACUGGAUCGAAACCCAGAAAUAGAAAAAAUUUGACUCAGUAUGGGCCCAUGAAAACAUUCGAAAUCGAAAAUCAGAAUUUUACACGUAUGUACACUGCACCGAAUGGACUCACAGAUGAGACUAUCAUCGCCACUACUGGUCCCCAUGCAAUUGUUUUCUACCGUUUAAAAAUCACUGAUGCGACAAAUGAAAAGGAAACUUCUAGCUCUAGCAAGCCACAAAUGGAGUUGAUUAAAGUCCAUGAAGUCGAAUUUGUUGGGACCGAAUUGGGAUGUUUCAACGUGAGCUCAAUAUGUUCGCUUACCCUUCCGCCUCAAUACCUAAUUUACGCGUUUUGUUCAUUUGCCUCAUCAACUGUUUAUCUUGUUGAUUUUCGGGACGAAUAUUUCGUUCCCGAAAAAAUCACGUUUGGAGCAGUGGAUCUGGCUGAAAAGCAUGGGGAAUCUGUUCGGAGAGUUGUAAAUGAUCAUUGCAGCCUGCAAUUGGCGCUGAAGGAUGAUCAUUAUUUGGCGUGUCUGUUAGAAAAUCGGGAGGUAGUUGUCUGGGAUAUCUUUGAAGGCAGGAAGCUGUGUCGAUUCAGAUUAAGCUCUCCAGGGAUUCACCUCUCUUGGCACCCCAGUGAGAACUUCAAACUCAUGGUAGUUGAAUCAAAUGGUUACCUCAAGUUUUUUAACGUAAUGAAAGAGCGUUGUUACACAACUCAAUACAUGUGCCAAAGCCCUCUGUACUCUGGAGACUGGGCGUAUUCUGACAGCCUUUUCAGCGCUGUAGGAUGGGCUGGUGGAGUCACUACUUUUAAUUCAUCACAAGUCACUACAAAUAUGUUCAAAGUCAACGAACAGCCGUGUAAAGUAUUCACCAAAGUGGUCUUCAAUCCCAGCGACAAUAAAGCUCUUGCGACUUUGGAACUCGGAUUCACCUAUCAAAGAACUAUUCAUUUAUGGAGAAGUCAUUUUCCACAUUACAUGUGGGCCUUUUCAAAUGCACAGCUUGUCGACAUUGGGUGGACCUAUGGUGGAAAAUCGUUCAUCCUCGCAUUGGGAACGAAGAAAAUUUUCGUCUUCGAUGGGUCUAUGGACGUUUGAAGACAAUCUUUGAAUUGAAUUCAAAUCUAGUGAUGUUGCUAACAGCACCUAUUUUUAGUUAUAUAUCUAUUUUUACUUUUUACACAUAAGGAGGCUCCUUCAAAAUUUGCUGUUAUUUAUAGGAGGAUAAUGAUAAUGGUUUUUGUGAUCAAUUUUUGUAAAUUUUAUAACGAGGAGCUGUCUCAUUAUCUCAUUUAUUUAUUUUCUACGCUGGGCCUGUUACUAAUAUCAGGUUAAAAUAGUUUAUGUUUGGUCUGAUUUCAAUUUGUAAUCCUAUAUUAUUAUGCUGGUGGUUAUCACCCACUGAACUACCUGAUUAUGUCGGUUACACACCAUGUCAUCUAAUUCCAUUGAAAUGUAAUAAUGAUGUUAUUAAAUACAAAUUGAUCUUUUGCAUUUUAAA